UGGCAGCCGUCAUGCUUUCUUUUAAGCUUAACCUUAAAAUCUGCAGCGGUUGUGAUAGUUGGGGUAAAAAGUCACUUUUAUGUAAGAAAAUACGGAAAAUUAAAAAAUAAUUCAGUGAUAAAAAGUGUCUCUCCACAACCAACUUAGAGUUUCGGGGCAACGAUUUGUGAGAGCUCAAUUGGAGUAUUUUCGCUUUUAACCACAUAUACCUAUACAGAAGCUCGUUUUCUACCUCCGUUCAAAGGGUAGUUCAACCUAGAAAGUAACGUGCUUUUGAAGAUAUAAGAUAAAUUAAUACAUGGAAGAAUAUACAAGAGAACCGUGCCCCUGGAGAAUUGUAGAUGAUUGUGGCGGCGCCUUCACUAUGGGGCUGAUUGGCGGGGGAGUAUUCCAAAGUAUCAAAGGCUUUAGAAAUGCGCCCUCCGGUAUAAAUCGUCGCUUGCUCGGGUCCCUAGUCGCAAUAAAGCAAAGAUCGCCCAUAAUAGCAGGAAACUUUGCUGUUUGGGGAGGAAUGUUCUCAACAAUAGACUGCGCUCUCAUUCAUGCAAGGAAGAAGGAAGAUCCAUGGAAUUCUAUUAUCAGUGGAGCAGCUACUGGAGGAAUCUUGGCAGCAAGAAAUGGAUUACCGGCCAUGGCUGGCAGUGCAUUUAUCGGAGGCGUUUUGCUGGCUCUAAUUGAAGGCGUAGGAAUUCUAUUCACUAGAUUGAGCGCUGAACAGUUUCAGCCUCAAUUGCCACCGAUGGAGGAUCCUUCACAGUUGGGGCAGAAGCCGCCUCCUGACUACCAGUACUAAUAGUCUAAUACCUACCGAAUUUUCUUUAUAUAGUGUAUUAGCUUGUAAUAAAGAUUGUGAUAACAUA